ACACUCUUCCCCUGCUCGGAUCCUCCAAACCCCGCCCCACAAUUUGUCGAAGGGCUUGCAGGGCGAUGGCCGCGAACGCCAUGGCGCACGCCGCGGUGGCGGUGAGGGCCUCGUGGGACACCAAUCCCAGCCCCAAGUCUCCCGCCCUUAAGUCCGCCAAGCCCCUCCGCGUCCCGCCGUCCACCCCUCCUCCUCCUCCCGCCCAGUCCCUUUCGCCCGCCCGCACCUCGUCGAGGACUGCCGUCCUCGAGAAGGAUUUUUCCCAGCUUCUCAACGCCAGUCGCCGCUCGACCAGCAAGAAAGGGAAAUCAGACGAGCAUUAUCUGGGAUAUGAGACAUGGUUGCCGGUUGCGCCUAAAGUGAAUAAGCCACGUUCCAUUUACAAUGCAGCAUCUUUGGCAUACUUGGGAGAUUGCAUUUAUGAGCUGUAUGCUCGAAGGCACUUUUUGUAUCCACCUUUAAGUAUCAACGAGUACAAUGAACGGGUGAUGAAAGUAGUGCGCUGUGAAGCACAGGAUUUAUUGCUCAAGAAGCUUCUUGAUGAGGAUUACUUGACCGAAGAAGAAAGGGACAUACUUCGUUGGGGAAAGAACAUUGUUUCUAGCAAAACCCGAACUAGAAAACGGGUUGGUGUAGCUGUCUAUAACAGAGCUUCUUCAUUUGAAACACUGGUUGGGUAUCUUUACCUAACAAACGUGAAGCGCUUGGAAGAGAUCAUGUUCAAGUUAGGAUUCCUGACAGGAGCUUCUUCAGAACUUAUUGCAGAGGAGCUUCGCAUGAAUCUUCGAAAAAAAUCAGCAACUGCGGAAGCUGUUCAUAGCGAGUGACGCAACAGUCGUGUUGCAAGGCACUGCCAGAAGGGAAUGCAUGUCAUAUUUCAUAAAUACUCAACUGCUAGCAGUAGUAACUAUUUGUCAUGGUAUCAUCAAUUCAUGAAAACUAGCUUCAAAUCCAAAUGUUUCUCCGGCACCGAGGCUUUGCAAGAAUGGAGAUUUUGGGCAUCGAAAAGGUCUGGAAUUGUAGCUCAGGUGUAGUAACUUAGCUCGGCUGCAUUUAUGAAGGAACUUAAGGCGAUGGUUUUGCUCCUCAAGAUUAGCCAAUUCUCCCUUCGAUUGUCUGAAAUGGACGACUAACUGAGAUAUUUUGGACUAGUACAUAAAGGAACUUGUUCUCAGUGGAAUAAGUUUAAUGUGUAGGUUCCUAAAUGCUUUAAUGUAUCUUAUCAUCUUGUUAUUCGACUAACUUUUAUUGUCCUCUUAUCUGUUUCUUUUAGCCUAUUUAAAUGUCCAAAA